AUGGCCUUCAUCCUUCAUGGUUGCCUGAUGGUCGACAAGGAAGCUGGAGUGAUUGGAAACAAGGAACAAGUCACUCUGCCGAAACAUGCGUUCCAUGGAACGGGCGGCUUGUUUGAAGAUUCACAGUUCAAUUUGUUUUUUGGUAAGUGAAGUUUCGUUAAUAGAGGGUGCCUUUGGUAGAUCCAUAGGCUGGAAAUCCGUUCUAGUGUGGGUUUGAAAGAUGUACAGGGUGGCCCAGCCGAAGCUUCCGUCCUUAUUUUAAGUAUUUUUCCGCCAGUAAUGCACCAGUUUCUAUAAAAUUUAUCAAAUUGAAGCUGACCUACCCCAUUUUCUGUCCACCAAAUACGACGGGCCCAAGUUCAAGGAGGCUCCCGUACUGACCCUUGACAUUUUCAUUCCAAAUUUAAGAGCGCAAAAUCGGUGAAACUCGGAAAAUUUUUGCAAUGAUUUUUAAUUGAUUUUCUCGGACUUGGGAAAUAUUCGAGUCUCUCGCUAAAUGAAACUUUUAUAAGUAGCAGAAAAAGUUGACGGCAGGCAGCGGAACAGUCAUAAUUAUUCUUCAAGACAUUUCUCUGGUUAUUUUUGGGGUAACAGGCUUAGUUAGUCGAAAUUAAAAAAAAAAUUUGAUCAAAUGAGCGAGACUGUCUACGGUUGUUCGACUUGGUACCUCGCUGAAAUAUGCGAAAAAAAAAUUUCAUCGAUUAAAAAAAAAAUCAUCGAAUUUGGCGACUUUUGUUUUUGCCGGAAUCAGAAAGUACUAGGUAGACGAAGAACGUGGUACCUCAGCUUCAAUUUGGUAUAUAUUUUAUAGAAAUUGGUGCAUUAUUGGCGGAGAAAUACUUGAAAUAAGGAUUGGCGCUUCGGCUGAACCACCCUGUAGAUUGCCAAAUUUGUCGUCAUUUUUUAGCUCUCUGGUGUAAUAUUUGGUCGUUUUGAGGGUAAAAGUUGAUAACUUUUUGCUCCAUGAAUUGUCUGAGUUAGUGGUAAAGGACUUGAUUAUGAAAGAUUUGUAGGGGAUUUAUGUUGUUGAUGAGAUAGUUAAAUUCCGUUUUCAAAUUUUUCCAUUUGUAGUAAAACAUUGCUUCCAGGUCGCCCGUCCACGUUUGUAUAUGAAUGACAAGUGGUAUAAGCCUGAAGAAAUUUGAGUGUGGAGCGGCGUCAAGAACAAAAUCAUCAUCGCUUAGUCCGCACAAUGCAAGAAAAUUCAAAGGUAAGUGGCGGUUAUUGUUAUGAUAUGCUUCAUAAAGUAGUAGAACGAUACAGAGGCUCCGUUUUCGCUUUGAGCUGUUUUUUGAAUUUUACGAAUUGCUCCGAUAGUUCACCAGCGAGUUUUUGGAAAACAAGUCAUUGAGUUGUGCCAUGUCACGCAGUAAAACAAUUGGCCAAGGACGGGUAGCUAAGUGUAAGGCAGUGUCUUUAGUUUUGGCAUAUCAUAGUUAGACCCGUAGGAAUGCAUCGGCAAAGCGGCUAUUGUAAUUAUAUUCAAACCAAUCGUCGCAUUUCCGUAUUACUCAUGAGAUUGUUGAACUUAUUUUUGAUUUUUUAGUCUUAAUCUCCAUUUUCUUACAGAUUCCUUCAAGUCCCAUUAAACCUGUCCAAGCAACUUUCCAGCCGAGAAGAAGAAGAAUCUACGAUUUUAAUUUGAUCUAUUUGUUUUAUUUUUAUUUUAUCUUGCUUGCUUUGAAAGGGGAAGGGGAAAUGGGAGAAAAGGGCGGAGAAGGUAAGUAA